AUGGAACAGCUUGAAGUAUUUAAAAUCCAGCCACAGCCCGAGAUACCAACCACAUGCAGUCGGGUUGCGGCACAUAGUGACAUUUUCAUCAGUGAUUUUAAAAAAUGCAAAUCAAACGAGACUUUUGCUCCCUACUUACAGACUUUCCGUCCAGCUGCAAUGCUGAUCGAGCGGUCCUCUGACUUUGGGAAAACCUGGGGCGUGUACAGAUAUUUCGCCUAUGACUGUGAGAGCUCUUUCCCCGGCAUCUGCACCGGCCCCAUGAAGAAAGUUGACGACAUCAUCUGUGACUCCCGAUACUCUGACAUUGAGCCCUCAACGGAAGGAGAGGUGAUAUUUCGUGCUUUAGAUCCUGCUUUUAAAAUAGAAGAUCCUUACAGCCCAAGAAUACAGAGUAAGUUGAUUUUGAAAUAA